AUGGCUGAAGCAAACAGCAUCGCAUUCUGUGACUUUGACAAGCGUGAGACCAUGACUUCAGUUGAGGUCGCUGACGUCUUCAACAAGGUUGCCAACUCUUACGACGAGACGUGGCAAGCUAGAAAUUACAGGGACAAUAUAUACGUGGCGGAGGGGGUAGCUGACUUCUUUCCGGAGAGGAGAGCCGAUGUGAGAAUCCUUGAUGUUGGCGCGGGCACGGGGCUGCUAGCUACACAGCUGUGGAAAAAAGACUUCAGGCAAAUUGAUGGUCUUGAUCCUUCGACGGGAAUGAAAACGGAAGCAAUGAAGAAACACGUGUAUACAAAUUACUACCUGGAGUUCAUGGAUGGACACGUCAUAGACAAUCUGGACACAGAUAGCUACAGCUGUUUGGGGGUCGCGGCUGCUUUCAAUACGGGUUUCCUGCCUUGUGUUUCCCUCCUAGAGAUGGUGCGUCUCGUGAAGCCAGGUGGUCUGAUAUGUUUCGGCGUCCCCGACUCCCGUUUCACAGAGGUUAAGGAGUACAUCGACAGACUCGCUCCUCUGAUGCUGUGGAUGGAGCAGGAUGGGCUGUGGCAGCUGUUUGACAAGAAGCACUAUGAUGACUUUUAUGAUGAUGCAAAUCCUGGAAACGUCUUCCGAUAUAUCGUACAUGCUUCAGAUGUUGACGUAGAGAAAUAUAUACACAGGCUUCGUAAUUCUCACCUGGAAAAAUGA